AUGCCCAAGACCCCAACAUGGUCAACAACAUUCUACUGGUCUUUCCUUGCUGUUGCCUCCGCUUUUGGAAUCGUUCACUACGCGUCCCUGAUUCUCUUCUUCGUCUUUGCCGGCGGAAUAUCUUCUCAUAAUCCGUCUGCUGCUGUUGAAGCAUUGUUUCCGCCGACGCCAGCGGGAGCUACUGUUGGCGGCCUGCUCGUCCCUAGAAGUGUUCAAGAACUUGGAAGGCAGCAGGAAGAUGCUUUUCCAGAAAGACGAGGUUUGCGGCCACCACAGGGCACGUUUGAUGGGGCCUGUGCAACGCCUCCCGCACACAACGUUCCGGUCAGUGACGUCAUCGAGGACGUUCAUCUAGGCCAAAAGACAGUUACUGCAUCUACUCGCGUACCUUCUAAAAAUUCGAACUCAUUUCUACCACGGGCGGCUUUGGGAGAUCCUUCCGACGCGACGGGACAGGCCACCCCAGCUGGUGGCAUCCACCCAGUACCAACUUUUCUUGGAGCAUCAUCUCAACAGCCAGCAGCCAGCCGGGCAGUCACAACACCCGCCGGAGGUGGUGGCACUACGCCUGGGUCAAUACCCUCUUUUGAUACGGCUGCUGGUAAUUAUACAGCUCCAGGAGCUUGUUCUACAGCAGCUGCAGCCACUAGAGUUGCAAACCCGGCAACUCAAGCGUCACCCGG